AUGACGACUAAGCAGGUUCUGUCUCUUCUUCCUCUUCUCUUCAGCGCGGGCUGGUCAUCCCCGGCGCCCUUCCCUCCCAGGGGAAGUUAUCCCGGCUUCCCAUCUCCGGAAGGUAGCAAGCCUGGCUUCGCCCCCACCAAUGCCGUCCCAUCCUUCCCUCAGGAAUCCGCCGUUGCCACCAAGAUCAACGAUGCCGCAAAACCCGCGGCCAGCAGGACUCCGAGCAAGGGCAAUAGCACGAGCAGCGGCCCAACCCUCCCCGCCGGCUACGCAAAGAUUAUCUUCCAGGAUGACUUCUCAACGCAAAAGGCCGGCGCCCUGCCCGACUCGUCAAAGUGGACCUUUGACGUCGGCACCGGCUACCCCGGCGGCGCCGCCAACUGGGGCACGCAGGAGAUCCAGACCUACACAAAGGAUACCAAGAACAUUGCCAUCUCGGAGAGCGGCACCCUGACCAUCACGCCCAUCAAGAGCGGCGAGUCAUGGACCUCGUCACGCAUCGAGACGACCGCCGCGCAGGACUUCACCUGCCCGCCAAAGGGCAAGCUGCGCAUGGAAGCGAGCAUCAUGAUCCCGGCCUCGGACCCGUCGACCCAGUCCGGCAUCUGGCCCGCCUUCUGGUCCAUGGGCGCCGCGUUCCGCACAAACGUGUCUUCGUGGCCCAGCGUCGGCGAGAUUGACAUGCUCGAGGUCUCCAACGGCGUAGGCACGGUGUUCCAGACGGCCCACUGCGGCGUCAUUGGCGGUGGGCCAUGCAACGAGAAGACGGGCCUCAGCUCCAGCGUCGAGUUCCCGCGCGGCCAGUUCGUCAAGAUCGCGAGCGAGGUCGACCGAUCCGCCGCCGGCGGGUUUGCGAGCGAGAAGCUUGUGUGGUACGUCAACGACAGGAAGACCAAGACCAUUACGGGCCGGGAGGUUGGCGACGAGGCCGUGUGGAAGAACCUUGCGCAGACGCCCAAGAUGAUUUUGCUCAACGUCGCUGUCGGCGGCGAGUUCCCCGAUGCCAAGGCUGGUACCACGACGCCCAACGCGCAGACGGUCGGCGGCAAGGACUCCCGGAUGGAGGUCAAGUACGUUGCUGUUUACAGCACGUAA